AUGGAGAUACAAAGUAAACAUGACUGUAAGUUACCAGAGGAUCUUAAUCUGGUGGAUUUCAUCUUUGAAUAUUUUGAUAAAUACGGCGAUAGAGAGGCCGUGGUCGAUGCUGCCAGUGGCCGAUGCUAUACUUAUGCACAAAUUCGAGGAUUAGCUCGUAAAUUUGCUUCUGCUUUAACUCGCCGUGGUCUACAGAAGGGCGAUACUGUUGCCGUCUACUCACCUAAUAUUCCUGAAUAUCCAAUCGUCUUCUUUGGUAUUAUAAUAGCUGGUGGUACUAUUACUACUUGCAAUCCGUUAUACACUCCUAAAGAGUUAUCUCAUCAAUUGCAUCUUGCUGAAGCAAAGCACAUUUUUACUGUUAAUCUGUUUGCUGAAAAAGCCAAGGAGGCAGCAUUUCUAAGCAAAAUUUCUAACAUUUACGUCCUUGGAAGUCCAACUGGUGACGGUAUAACAUCUUUUCAAGAAUUACUAGCUGACGAUGGUAGCUAUCUGAAAGAAGUUAAGUUCGACGUUCGUGAAGAUGUGGCUGUAUUACCAUUUUCGAGUGGUACGACAGGAUUGCCAAAAGGCGUAAUGCUAACGCAUCACAAUAUUGUCAGUAACGUCAGUCAAGCAACGAUUAAGGGCUUCUUUUACGUGAAUACUGAUGAUACAAUAUUGGCUUUAUUACCAUGGUUCCAUAUUUAUGGUAUGGUAACUAUUCUAUUUGCUGGAUUGCGCUUUGGCGCUAAAAUAAUUUCCAUGGCAAGAUUCGAGCCAAAAGCGUUUCUUGAGACUAUUCAGAAGCAUAAGAUUACUAUAGCUCCAAUAGUACCACCUAUCGCUGUAUUUCUGUCGAAACAUCCACUAGUAGACAGCUUCGACGUUUCCAGUUUAAAAGAUGUUAUAAGUGCAGCUGCACCUUUGGGUAAGGAAACUCAAGCUGCGCUGGGGACAAGAUUAGGAGUAAAUGUUCGGCAAGGUUAUGGUAUGACUGAGUUAAGUCCAGUUAUUACCGUAUCUAUUUCGGAAGGAAAUGUGAUUGGUUCAGCCGGAGUAUUGAUUCCACAUACCAAAGCUAAGACCGUAGAUAUUCAAACUGGUGAGGCCUUAUCUUAUGGAAAAUCGGGAGAGUUAUGCUUCAAAGGACCGCAGGUCAUGAAGGGCUAUUUGAAAAACAAAGCAGCAACAGAUAGAACCAUCGAUGCAGAUGGGUGGCUUCAUACUGGAGAUAUUGGUUAUUAUGAUGAGAGCGGACACUUUUAUAUCGUGGAUCGUCUGAAAGAAUUGAUUAAAUAUAAAGGAUUUCAGGUUGCGCCUGCUGAGUUAGAAGAGUUGCUUUUGACUCAUCCUAAAGUUGCUGAUGCUGCAGUUAUUGGUGUUCCUGAUGUUGAUGCUGGUGAAUUACCAAAAGCUUUCGUGGUAAAGCGAGCAAAUGAUAUUACUGAGGAAGAAAUUAUUGCUUUUAUUGCAUCAGAAGUCGGUCCUCAUAAAAAACUACGUGGAGGAGUAGAAUUUAUCGAAAGUAUUCCUAAAUCGGCUAGUGGUAAAAUUUUGCGACGGCAGUUGAAAGCUCAAGAAAUUGAAAAAUGUGAAAAGGAUAAAUCAAGUUGA